AGUAACUAGGGAAGAGAAUGGGGAAGAAGAAGCAGCAUCACCGCAAGCGCUUGGAGGAGGAGCUCCCUUCUUCCGCAUUCGACUGCCACAGCGCAUUGGAGGGAGAUGCCGAUGGCGCCGAUGACGGCAAUGGCGCGGCGGCCGUGCAGGGGGACGAGGAAUGCGACGAGGGGCUCAAGCACGAUUUGUACCAGCGCGCUGUUCAAGCUCCGCGGGGAGAGAUCAGCUACUUGCAGAAAUUCUUUCUCACUUACGUUGGAGGUCGAAUUCCACUCCAUAUGCGCGAGGAUUUCUGCGGCACAGCUUUGAUCUGCGCAGAAUGGGUGCGAGGCGACGCGCGAAGAACAGCUGUCGGCGUGGAUCUGGAUGACGAUGCUCUCUCUUGGGGGCUCAAGAACAACGUGCUGGGAGGUCGGGGUGACACAGCAAAUCGUGUUGAUUUGUUCCACCAGAAUGUGCUUCAUCCGCUAGCAAAGUCGGGUAAGUUUGUGCUCGAGAACAGAUCUCCAGCUUCUGUAGAGACAAGGAAUGGUGGAGAAGGAGAUGAAGAUCCAGAAGAAACAAGAGUGGAACAACGCUCGGAUGUCAUCUGUGCAUUGAACUUUAGCUGCUGCUGCCUCCAGGAACGUAAGGAUCUGGUGUCUUACUUCCGGCAAGCACUGAGCUCCAUUAGCAACAAAGGUGGAGUGUUUGUGAUGGAUCUGUAUGGAGGAUUGUCGUCCGAGCAGUCGCUAAGGAUCCGCAGACGCUACAGCGACUUCACGUACACUUGGGAGCAAGAAGAGUUCGACAUUAUCAAGAGGACAACGAGGAUAAGCUUGCACUUCCAGCUGGCCAAGUCGCGUAGAGUUCUUCGUCACGCCUUUUCGUACCACUGGCGAUUGUGGACGAUUCCAGAGGUUCGUGACUGCCUAGACGAGGCUGGAUUCGAUUCAACUCACUUGUGGCUGUGCGAGAGGCCCGAGCUGCUCGAGAGAAAGAAUGGCCUUGACAACACAAACGAUGAUAAAGGAGACUACGAAGAACUCGAGAGCUUCAACCAGUGUGACGCCUGGAACGCUUACAUUGUCGGGGUCAAGAACCGAAGAUCACAAACUCUAUGAUACUACGAGCUCUUCCCAUGACCAUAUAACUUCAUCACUGUUUCAAACGAUUA